AUGGAGGAGUCACCGGCUGAGGACAAAAGGCUGGACUUUAUUGCUGACUACGUGCUGAGGACGCUAAAACUGAAACAGGAUAAAUGGCAGAAAUGCGUGUCCAGCGAGGAGAACAGGCAGGUGCUGCUGGACUUCCUGGACAAAGCCGAGCCGAGGACCUUGGUGGUGUCUGUGACCGCGGCCGGACUGCUGCAGGCCGCCGCCGCCUUCACCGGCAGCUCCAAAAACAAAGCGGUGUACUUUGUGAAGCAGAGCACAACAGCGCUCCGACCGGACUCCAUGAGAGAGAACCUGGUCUACGGGGACCUGUCUUACGCUCCACUGGACCAGUUUUCUGCUCUAGUUGAGGAGGUGGUGGCCCCACUGCUCUCCAACAGUAGGAACCACGCUGAAUGGCCAAAGGUAGUGUCUCAGGACGUCAGGCACCAUGCCCACUCCCUCAAGACCAAUGUGUUUGUGGUGUCAGGUCAAGUCCAAGGCAAGACUCUGCUGCCUCUCCCCGCUGGCUCGGAGAGAGUGGAGCAAGCCGCCCUGGAGACAGACAAAAGGGGGGAAAUAGUGGAUAAGGGCAUCAUCCACUCUUUGGAGUCAGCGGUGAUUGAGUGGAGCCAUCAGAUCCGUGCUGUCCUGAAGAAAGACUCCUCUGAGGCUCUGCUGGAAGGCAAAAACCCCACACCUCACACAGAGCUGCUCUUCUGGAAGAACAGAUAUGCAGAUUUGGAGUGUAUCCACUCCCAGUUACAAUCCUCCAAGAUGAAUAAGAUGGCGAUGCUGUUGGAGGCAGUGGAGAGCAGUUAUUCUCCUGCUUUUACGAACAUGCAACAGGAUGUUCUUGCAGCCUUGGAGGAGGCAAAGGACAUCUGCACCUACUUGAGGCCCCUGGAACGCCUGUUUGAGGACAUGGAGAGCAUGGAGUUUCCUGAUGUGAGGGGUCAGAUCGGCCCUUUGAUGCACACGGUGUGUCUGGUGUGGGCCAACUCCAGAUACUACAACACCCCAGCACGCCUCAUCGUUUUGUUGCAGGAGACCUGCAACCUCCUCAUUCAGCAGGCCCAGUUGUUUCUAGUUCCAGAAGAUGUUCUGAGAGGGGAGGUUUCUGAGAGUCUCCUGAAGGUGCAGGCGAGCCUUGAGAUCCUGCAGCUCUUCAGGAGCACCUAUGAGGACCGUAGGGCCAAUCUGAGCCAGUACCAGAGGAAUGGGAGUGUGGUCAGGCCUUGGGACUUUUCCCCACAUUUGGCCUUCUCUGGACUUGACUGCUUUAUUAAAAGAGUCAAGACCAUUAAGGACAUCCUGUUAACAGCUGUGGACCUGCUGAAGCUUGAGAAACUGGAGAUUGGAGGUGUCAGAGGCCGAGCCCUUAGCCAGCAGGUCCAGCUGCUACACCAAGAGUUUGUGGACACUUACAAAUUCUUCACAGAGAAGCCCUCCGACUGCUUGGACCUCAACAACAGGGAGUUUGAAGAAGAUGUGAGGGAGUUCAAACUGAAGGUGGAUCACACAGACCGACGACUAGGAGCCGUCUUCUGUCAGGCGUUUGAUGAUGCCUCCGGACUGGAACACGCCUUCAAGGUUCUGGAUAUGUUCGGUAGCUUGCUAGAGCGCCCCUUAGUGGCCACAGAUGCCCUGGACCGAUACCCCCUCCUCGUCUCAGCGUUUGACAAGGAGCUGGACUGCUGUAAACUCCUCUACAACAAACACAUCCAGGCUGCGGAGGAUCUGGGUUCCACUCCGGUGAAUAAGAAUAUGCCAGCAGUAGCUGGGGGGCUGAGAUGGGCCCAGGAGCUACGGCAGCGCAUCCAGACCCCCUUCUCCAAAUUCAGACACCUCUCGUACCCGUGCCUGGAGUGUGCAAAAGGAGCCAGGGUCAUCCAGAAGUAUGAGGAGAUGAUGCAACUGUUGGACAGAUUAUUUCACAGGACUCCCAUAAUCCCAUAUGCUCCGUCGCUGCUCACUGAUGCCAAAUACUCCACCGGCUUGUAUGAGACAUGGACAGAGACUGUGGGCGAGAGUUCCCAGUACAACCUCAGCCUGCCGUUAAUCAGCAGAGACCCGGACACUCGGCUGAUCUCCGUCAACUUCAGCCCGCAGCUGGCGUCUGUGUUGAGGGAAGUGAAGUACUUGGAGGCCAGACAGACCGAGACUAUCCCUGAAACUGCAAUGCAGAUCUACACCAUCAGGGGGCAACUGUGGCAGUAUGUGGCCAACCUGGAGCUCACUGCGGGGCGAUACAACAAGGUGAUGCACUCUCUGCUCGACGUGGAACAUCCUCUGGUUCAGGGCCAGCUCAGGGACAUCGACGCUCAGCUCCAAAAAGCAGAGGAGACUCUGAACUGGAACGGCCAAGGUAUUUGGCAGUAUAUCCAGGAGGUGCGAGACUCUGUGUGUGACCUGGAGAGCCGACUCCAGAGAACCAAAGACAACGUGGAGGAGAUCCAGGACUGCAUGAGGUCCUGGGCCAGCCCUAUGUUCGACAGGAAGGAGGGCAAAAAAGAUGCGCUGCUCAGUCUGGAGGACAGGGCCGAGAGGCUGGACAGGUUUUACAAUCUGAUCCGGUCCUCAGGAGAAAAGAUCCACUUCCUGCUUAAGAGCAAUCUGGAGCUGUUCAGGGCCGAGCCGUCCUCUGAGGAGUGGAAGGCCUAUGUGGAGUACGUCGACGACAUGAUCAUAGAUGGGUUCUUCAACAGCAUCGAGUGCUCUCUCAAGUUCUUCCUGGAUAACACAGACCAGAGAACUGGUGUGGCCCCUCUGUUUGAGGCUCAGCUGGAUCUGAAGGUUCCUGACUUGGUGUUCACUCCUUCUCUGGAGUUUCGGGAUGGAGACGGUUUCUUUGAGCUGGUGGAAAGCCUCAUCAACGACGUGUUCAGAAUUUCCUCGCUGGUGCCACGCCUCGCCCAGCACAGCCCCUUCCCCCACUACCAGGCUGACAUGGAGGACAUGGCCGACCUGGCAGACAUGCGUCAGCGUCUCAUGGAACGUGUGCGGGGUGUCAUGGCACAGUGCUGCGAGAUUCGCAACUCUCUGGAGCACUACAGCUACCUGUACGUGGACGAUAGGAAGGAGUUCAUGCGUCAGUUCCUCCUGUAUGGCCACGUUCUUACCAGCCAGGAGCUGGAGGCUUACGCUGAUGAUGGAGUCCCAGAGAACCCACCAACACUGGACAACUUCAGGGAGCAGGUAGACAGGUAUGAGAAGAUCUAUGAAGAGGUGCAGGGUCUGGAGCCAGUGCAGGUGUUCCACGGGUGGAUGAGGGUGGAUGGCCGUAGCAUGAAGAGCGCCUUACUCAACAUCAUCAAGAAGUGGAGCUUCAUGUUCAAACAGCACCUAAUCGACCAUGUAACCAACAGUCUGUCAGAUCUGGAGAAGUUUAUCAGUGUGGCUGAGGCUGGCCUGGGCCAGCAGGUGGAGGAGGGUGACUGCAGUGGCCUGGUGGGGGUCAUGGGUCACCUGCUGGCUGUGAAGGAAAGACAAAACACCACAGAUGCCAUGUUCGAGCCUCUGCAACAAACCAUCACUCUGCUAAAAGUGUAUGAGCAGGAGCUGCCUGACGUGGUCUACAAGCAGUUAGAGGAGUUGCCCGAAAAGUGGAACAACGUGAAAAAGCAGUCGGUGUCAGUCAAACAGCAGGUGGCGCCGCUGCAGGCCAUCGAGGUGGCCAGCCUGCGUCGGAAGUGUGCUACAUUCGAUGUGGAGCAACACAACUUCAGAGAGCACUUUCGCAACAACGGGCCCUUCAGGUUUGACAGUGAGAGCCCCUACCAGAUGUUGGACACGUUCCACUGGCAGAUCCAAGAGCGGGAGGCGGUGAUGGCCUCCCUGGUGGAGUCAGCCAGCCUGUUUGAGGUCACCAUUUCAGAGUACAAACAGCUCCGACAAUGCAGGCGGGAGGUGGGCCUGCUGAAGGAGCUGUGGGAUAUGAUCACCGUGGUGGAGUCUAGCAUGGCGGCGUGGAGGACAACUCCCUGGAGAGAGAUCCAAGUGGAGGACAUGGAGCAGGAGUGCAAACGCUUCUCUAAAGAUAUACGGGGCCUGGAUAAAGAGGUCAGAGCAUGGGAGGCGUACACAGGUUUGGACAGCAGGGUAAAGAACCUCCUCAUCUCCCUCCGGGCUGUGGCAGAGCUCCAAAACCCGGCCAUACGAGCCCGACACUGGCAUCAGCUGAUGGCUGCUACUGGAGUCCGCUUCACCAUGGACCAGGAGACCACUCUGGCUGAGCUCCUGCAGCUCAACCUGCACUGCUUUGAAGAGGAGGUGAGAGGGAUCGUGGACAAGGCUACUAAAGAGAUGGGAAUGGAGAAAGUCCUCUCUGAGCUCAACUCCACGUGGACAGGUAUGCAGUUCCAGUAUGAGCCCCACCACCGCACCCAGGUGCCUCUGCUGCGCACGGACGAGGAGCUGAUAGAGACGCUGGAGGACAACCAGGUCCAGCUGCAGAACCUCAUGUCUUCCAAGUACAUUGCACACUUCCUGGAUGAGGUGUCGUCGUGGCAGGGCAAGCUGUCUGUAGCCGACUCAGUCAUCUCCAUCUGGUUCGAGGUGCAGCGGACGUGGACCCACUUGGAAAGCAUUUUCAUUGGCUCAGAGGACAUCCGCUCACAGCUGCCCGAGGACUCUAGGCGCUUUGAGGGAAUAGAUACCGAUUUCAAAGAGCUGGCAAACGCUGUGCAUCAAACGCCCAACGUAGUGGAGGCCACCAAUAAACCAGGCCUGUUUGGUAAACUGGAGGACAUCCAGAGCAGGCUGUCUCUCUGUGAGAAAGCUCUGGCAGAAUACCUGGACACCAAGCGUCUGGCCUUCCCGAGAUUUUACUUCAUCUCUUCAGCUGAUCUGCUGGACAUCCUGUCUAAUGGGACCAACCCACACCAGGUCCAGAAGCAUCUGUCUAAGCUGUUUGACAACAUGGCAAAGAUGCGAUUCGAAGCAGACGGAGAAGGGAAUCCUUCUAAGACUGGACUGGGCAUGUACAGCAAAGAGGAGGAGUAUGUCCCCUUUAAUCAGUCCUGUGACUGCACUGGACAGGUGGAGGUGUGGUUGAACCGGGUGCUGGACACCAUGCGCUCCACAGUUCGCCAUCAGAUGACUGAGGCAGUGAUGGCCUACGAGGAGAAACCCAGGGAGCAGUGGCUGUUUGACUAUCCAGCUCAGGUGGCAUUGACCUGCACUCAGAUCUGGUGGACGUCUGAUGUCGGCAUGGCUUUCGGCCGUCUGGAGGAGGGCUAUGACAACGCCAUGAAAGAGUACUACAAGAAACAGGUGUCCCAGCUCAACACCCUCAUCUCCAUGCUGAUUGGCCAGCUUACACCUGGCGAUCGGCAGAAGGUCAUGACCAUCUGUACCAUCGACGUUCACGCCAGAGACGUGGUGGCCAAGAUGAUCGCUCAGAAGGUGGAGAAUUCUCAGGCUUUCAUGUGGCUCUCUCAGUUGAGACACAGUUGGAGCGAGAAGGAGAAGCAUUGUUUUGCCAACAUCUGCGAUGCCCAGUUUGUCUACUCCUACGAAUACCUGGGCAACACGCCGCGAUUAGUCAUCACUCCUCUAACAGACAGAUGCUACAUCACCCUGACCCAGUCCCUACACCUGACCAUGAGUGGAGCUCCAGCAGGGCCCGCGGGCACAGGCAAGACUGAGACUACCAAAGACUUGGGCCGAGCCCUGGGCAUCAUGGUCUAUGUAUUUAACUGCUCUGAGCAGAUGGACUACAAGUCCUGUGGGAACAUCUACAAAGGCCUGGCUCAGACGGGGGCAUGGGGCUGCUUCGAUGAAUUUAACAGGAUCUCAGUAGAGGUGCUGUCUGUGGUGGCUGUACAGGUCAAAAGCAUCCAGGACGCCAUUCGAGAUAAGAAGCAGAGAUUUAACUUCAUGGGAGAGGAGGUGAAUCUUUGCCCCACUGUCGGCAUCUUCAUCACCAUGAAUCCAGGCUACGCCGGCAGGACUGAGCUUCCUGAGAACCUCAAGGCUCUGUUCAGACCCUGUGCCAUGGUGGUGCCAGACUUCGAGCUGAUCUGUGAAAUCAUGCUGGUGGCCGAGGGCUUCAUUAACGCCCGCGUCCUCGCCAGGAAGUUUAUCACGCUCUACACGCUGUGUAAAGAGCUGUUGUCCAAACAGGACCACUACGACUGGGGCCUCCGAGCCAUCAAGUCCGUCCUGGUGGUGGCUGGCUCUCUGAAGCGGGGAGACCCCGGCCGAGCGGAGGACCAGGUGCUGAUGCGAGCGCUGAGAGACUUCAACAUCCCCAAGAUCGUGACCGACGACAUGCCGGUGUUCAUGGGGCUGAUUGGUGAUCUGUUUCCUGCCCUGGACGUCCCCAGGAAGAGAGACUUGGACUUUGAGAAGCACGUGAAGGAGUCUAUCCUGGACUUGAAGCUACAGGCCGAGGACAACUUUGUGCUUAAGGUGGUGCAGCUGGAGGAGCUGCUGGCCGUGCGUCACUCUGUGUUCGUGAUUGGGAACGCGGGGACUGGGAAGAGUCAGGUGAUGAGGUCACUCCAGCGGACCUAUCAGAACAUGAAGCGCAGGCCCGUGUGGGCGGACCUCAACCCCAAAGCCGUGACCAACGACGAGCUGUUUGGGAUCAUCAACCCGGCCACCAGAGAGUGGAAAGACGGUGACCAAGGCGUCCCACAGAAACAUGUGAACUGUCUCCCCACAGGCCUUUUCUCCAGUAUAAUGCGUGAACUGGCCAACGUCAGUCACAGCGGGCCGAAGUGGAUUGUUCUGGAUGGAGACAUUGAUCCGAUGUGGAUUGAGUCACUCAACACAGUCAUGGAUGACAACAAGGUGCUGACUCUGGCCAGUAAUGAGCGGAUCCCUCUGAACCCCACCAUGAGGCUGGUGUUUGAGAUCAGCCACCUUCGCACUGCUACUCCCGCCACAGUUUCCAGAGCAGGCAUCCUGUACAUAAACCCAGCAGACCUCGGCUGGAACCCACCGGUGUCCAGCUGGAUCGACAGGAGGGAGGUCCAAUCAGAGAAGGCCAACCUGACCAUUCUGUUUGACAAGUACCUUCCCUCCUGCCUGGACGCCCUCAGAUCAAGGUUUAAGAAGAUCAUCCCUGUCCCAGAGCAGAGUAUGGUCCAGAUGCUGUGCUACUUGCUGGAGUGUCUGCUGACUCCAGAAAACACCCCGCCAGACUGUGCCAAGGAACUUUAUGAGCUCUAUUUUGUCUUUGCUGCGGUCUGGGCCUUUGGGGGAGCCAUGUUCCAGGACCAGCUGGUCGACUACAGAGUGGAGUUCAGCAAGUGGUGGGUGGCUGAGUUCAAAACCAUCAAGUUCCCAUCCCAGGGCACCGUGUUUGAUUACUACAUCGACCCCGAGAGCAAGAAGUUUGAACCCUGGUCCAAAAUGGUGCCCAAGUUUGAGAUGGAUGCAGAUACGCCCCUUCAGGCAUGUCUGGUCCACACAGCGGAGACCAUUAGAGUUCGUUACUUCAUGGACCGCCUCCUGGAGCGUCGGCGGCCUGUCAUGUUAGUCGGGAAUGCUGGAACAGGGAAAUCUGUUCUGGUUGGGGACAAACUGGGAUCGUUGGACGCAGAGAAAUACAUGAUUAAAAAUGUCCCCUUCAACUAUUACACCACAUCUGCUAUGCUCCAAGCCGUGUUGGAAAAGCCCCUUGAGAAGAAAGCAGGGCGUAAUUACGGACCUCCAGGCAGCAGAAGGCUCAUCUACUUCAUAGAUGACAUGAACAUGCCUGAGGUGGAUGCAUAUGGCACAGUGCAACCUCACACACUCAUACGCCAACACAUGGACUACAACCACUGGUAUGACCGUAAUAAACUGCUUUUGAAGGAAAUACACAAUGUUCAAUAUGUGUCCUGCAUGAACCCCACAGCUGGCAGCUUCACCAUCAACCCACGACUGCAGCGGCACUUCUCCGUCUUCGCCCUGUCGUUUCCCGGAGCCGAGGCGCUGAGCACCAUCUACACCUCCAUCCUGUCUCAGCAUCUGAAGGGAGAGGGCUUCACUGCUGCCCUGCAGAAGAGCGGCCCCACCCUGGUCCAGUUAGCUCUGGCCCUGCACCAGAACAUCUCCUCCACCUUCCUCCCCACCGCUGUCAAGUUCCACUACAUCUUCAACCUGAGAGACCUCUCCAAUAUCUUCCAGGGCAUUCUCUUCUGUACCAGCGAGUGUCUGAAAGCCCCUCCGGACCUGCUGAAAAUCUACCUCCACGAGUGCAACCGGGUCUACAGAGACAAGCUGGUGGAGGAGCAGGACUUCCAGGUCUUUGAUAAGCUGCAGGCGGACACAGUGAAAAAGUUCUAUGAGGUGAGAAACAUGAACGAGACUCUGGAGCAGACCAGGGAGAUGAACCUGUACUGCCACUUCGCCCGUGGGCUGGGGGAGGCCAGGUACAUGGCUGCAGAGUCCUGGAGCAGCCUCAAUAAAAUCCUGCUAGAGGUGCUGGACAGCUACAAUGAGGUCAACGCCACGCUAAACCUGGUGCUGUUUGAGGACGCCAUGGCUCACAUAUGCCGUAUAAACCGAAUCCUGGAGUCUCCACGGGGCAACGCGCUGCUGGUCGGAGUGGGCGGCAGCGGCAAGCAGAGCCUGACCCGACUGGCUGCCUUCAUCUCCAAUCUGGAGGUUUUCCAGAUCACCUUGAGAAAGGGCUACGGCAUCACAGACCUAAAGGUUGACCUGGCGUCCCUCUACAUCAAAGCUGGCGUGAAGAAUAUUGGCACCGUGUUCCUAAUGACUGACGCCCAAGUGGCAGACGAGAAGUUCCUCGUUCUGGUCAACGAUCUGUUGGCAUCGGGGGAGAUUCCUGACCUGUUCCCAGACGACGAGGUGGAGAACAUCAUUGGCAGCGUGAGGCCAGAGGUUCGCGGCUCGGGACUGAUGGAUACGAGGGAAAACUGCUGGAAGUUCUUCAUCGACCGCGUUCGCAGACAGCUCAAGGUGGCUCUGUGUUUCUCUCCAGUGGGUAGUAAGCUGAGGGUUCGCAGCAGGAAGUUCCCUGCAGUGGUGAACUGCGCAGCGAUCGACUGGUUCCACGAGUGGCCGCAGGAGGCACUGGAGUCGGUCAGCUACAGGUUCCUCCAGGAGGUGGAGAAUAUCGAACCUCAAGUGAAGGAGUCUGUCAGUAAAUUCAUGGCGUACGUGCACAUGAGUGUCAAUCAGACCUCCAAGGAGUACCUGGCCAGCGAGCGGCGCUACAACUACACCACGCCCAAGUCUUUCCUGGAGCAGAUCAAGCUGUAUCGCAGUCUGCUGGGUCAAAAGAGCAAGGACCUCACCACCAAGAUGGAGCGGCUGGAGAACGGCCUGCAGAAGCUCAACAGCACCUCUGCUCAGGUGGAUGACCUCAAGGCCAAGCUGGCUGCUCAGGAAGUGGAGCUCAAGCAGAAGAACGAGGACGCCGACAAGCUGAUUCAGGUGGUUGGGAUAGAAACCGAAAAGGUGUCCAAGGAGAAGGCAGUAGCUGAUGAGGAAGAGCAAAAGGUGGCGGCCAUCGCUGUGGUGGUCAGCGGCAAACAGAGAGACUGCGAGGAGGACUUGGCCAAGGCUGAACCAGCUCUCAUAGCUGCUCAGGAUGCCCUUAACACUCUUAAUAAGAACAACUUGACGGAGCUGAAGUCGUUCGGCUCUCCGGUGACGGCGGUGACGAACGUCACGGCGGCAGUCAUGGUCCUGAUGGCGCCCGGUGGCAAAGUCCCAAAGGACCGCAGCUGGAAGGCUGCAAAGGUGAUGAUGGCCAAAGUGGACGCGUUCCUGGACUCUCUGAUAAACUUCAACAAAGAGAACAUCCCAGAGGCUUGCCUUAAAGCUAUUCAGCCAUACCUGCAGGAUCCAGAGUUCCAGCCAGAUCUGGUGGCCUCCAAGUCGUACGCAGCGGCAGGUCUGUGCUCCUGGGUUUUAAACAUUGUCAAGUUCUAUGAAGUUUACUGCGAGGUGGAGCCCAAGCGCCAGGCCCUGAGCAAGGCCAACGCAGAGCUGGCUGCUGCGCAGGAGAAGCUCACCACCAUCAAGAACAAGAUCAAUAACCUUAAUGAGAACCUGGCCAAGCUGACAGCCAAGUUUGAGAAAGCCACAGCAGACAAGCUCAAGUGCCAACAGGAAGCGGAAUCGACCGCGCGCACCAUCUCCUUGGCCAACCGUCUGGUGGGAGGUCUGGCAUCGGAAAAUGUUCGCUGGGCAGAGGCCGUAGAAAACUUCAAGAAACAGGAGAGGACUCUGUGUGGGGAUGUCCUCCUCAUCACUGCCUUCAUCUCCUACCUGGGAUACUUCACCAAACGCUACAGGUUCCAGCUUAUGGACAGCACCUGGAGGCCUUAUCUCAGUCAGCUGAAGGUUCCCAUCCCAGUGACCCCUGACCUGGACCCUUUGACAAUGCUGACAGACGAUGCCGACAUUGCAGCGUGGCAAAACGAGGGGCUGCCUGCUGACAGGAUGUCCACUGAGAACGCAACUAUUCUCACUUCCUGCCAGCGCUGGCCCCUCAUGGUGGACCCCCAGCUGCAGGGCAUCAAGUGGAUCAAAAACAAAUAUGGCGAGGACCUGCGUGUCAUCCGCAUCGGACAGAGAGGGUACCUGGAUGCCAUAGAAAGAGCACUGGCAGCAGGUGACGUGGUUCUGAUCGAGAACUUGGAGGAAACACUGGAUCCUGUUCUUGGACCUCUGCUGGGCAGGGAAACCAUUAAGAAGGGCAGGUACAUAAAGAUCGGAGACAAGGAGUGCGAGUACAACCCCAGUUUCCGCCUCAUCCUGCACACCAAACUCGCCAGCCCUCAUUACCAGCCCGAGCUGCAGGCCCAGUGCACCUUGAUAAAUUUCACGGUGACCAGAGACGGUCUGGAGGACCAGCUGCUAGCCGCGGUGGUCAGCAUGGAGAGACCUGACCUGGAACAGCUGAAGUCGGACCUGACGAAGCAGCAGAACGGUUUCAAGAUCACUCUGAAAACCCUGGAGGACAACCUGCUGUCGCGUUUGUCCUCAGCUUCAGGAAACUUCCUGGGUGACACAGAACUGGUGGAAAACCUGGAGAUCACCAAACGCACCGCUGCCGAAAUCGAAGAGAAGGUAAAAGAAGCCAAGGUGACAGAGGCCAAAAUCAAUGAAGCUCGGGAGCACUACCGACCGGCAGCAGCGCGGGCUUCCUUAUUGUACUUCAUAAUGAACGACCUCAAUAAAAUCCACCCCAUGUACCAGUUCUCUCUCAAGGCGUUCAGCGUGGUCUUCCAGAAAGCGGUUCUGAAGGCCGAACCGGACGAGGCUCUGAAGCAGCGGGUGUCCAACCUAAUUGACAGCAUCACCUCCUCAGUCUUCCAGUACACCACCAGAGGCCUGUUUGAGUGUGACAAGCUCACGUACAUCGCUCAGCUCGCCUUCCAGAUCCUGCUGAUGAAUAAAGAAAUAAACCCUGCAGAACUGGACUUCCUUCUGAGAUACCCUGUCCAACCAGGUGUAACAUCUCCAGUGGAUUUCCUAUCCAGUCACUCCUGGGGAGGGAUCAAGUCCCUGUGCUCCAUGGAAGAGUUUAGAAACCUGGACCGAGACAUUGAAGGUUCAGCCAAACGCUGGAAGAAGUUUGUGGAGUCGGAGUGUCCGGAAAAGGAGAAAUUCCCCCAGGAGUGGAAGAACAAAACCUCGCUUCAGAGGCUGUGCAUGAUGAGGGCCCUGAGGCCUGACCGCAUGACGUACGCUGUCAGAGACUUUGUAGAGGAGAAACUGGGAAGCAAGUACGUGAUUGGCAGAUCGCUGGACUUCGCCGUCUCCUUUGAAGAGUCUAGUCCAGCUACGCCCAUGUUCUUCAUCCUCUCUCCUGGAGUUGACCCUUUGAAGGAUGUGGAGAAACAUGGGAAGAAGCUGGGCUACACAUUUGACAACAAGAAUUUCCAUAAUGUUUCUCUGGGUCAAGGUCAGGAGAUUAUAGCGGAGCAAGCCCUCGAUUUGGCAGCGAAGAACGGCCACUGGGUCAUAUUACAGAACAUCCACUUGGUGGCUCGCUGGCUGGGUACUUUAGAGAAACUUCUGGAGCAGCAUGCAGAGGGAAGCCAAGAGAACUUCAGAGUGUUUGUCAGCGCUGAGCCCUCCUCCACCCCCGAGGGUCACAUCAUCCCACAGGGCAUCCUGGAGAACUCCAUCAAGAUCACCAAUGAACCACCUACUGGCAUGCAUGCCAACCUGCACAAGGCCCUGGACAACUUCAACCAGGACACGCUGGAAAUGUGUGCACGGGAGAAUGAGUUCAAGAGCAUUUUGUUUGCGCUGUGCUACUUCCACGCGGUUGUGGCAGAGAGGAGGAAGUUUGGUCCUCAAGGCUGGAACAGAUCGUACCCCUUUAACACCGGAGACCUCACCAUUUCUAUCAACGUCCUCUACAACUACCUGGAGGCCAAUCCUAAGGUGCCGUAUGACGACCUGCGCUACCUGUUUGGUGAAAUCAUGUACGGGGGUCACAUCACAGACGACUGGGACCGCCGUCUGUGUCGGACCUACCUGGAGGAGUUUAUCAAGCCCGAGAUGAUGGAGGGGGAGCUGUACCUUGCGCCUGGAUUCCCCUUGCCUGGAAACAUGGACUAUAACGGCUACCACCAGUACAUCGAUGACACCCUACCUGCUGAGUCGCCCUACCUGUACGGCCUUCAUCCCAACGCAGAGAUCGGCUUCCUCACGCAAACCUCUGAGAAGCUUUUCCGCACCGUGCUGGAGAUGCAGCCCAGGGACGGGGGAGGCGGUGAAGGUGGUGGGAUGAUGCGUGAGGAGAAGGUGCGCGCCGUGUUAGAGGAGAUCAUGGAGAAACUGCCGGAGGAGUUCAACAUGGCCGAGCUGCUGGGGAAAGCGGAGGAGAGGACUCCCUACCAGGUGGUGGCGCUGCAGGAGUGCGAGCGCAUGAACCUGCUCACCCAGGAGAUCAGACGCUCCCUCCGCGAGCUCAACCUGGGGCUGAAGGGAGAGUUAACCAUGACCAGUGACAUGGAGAACCUUCAGAACGCCAUUUUCCUGGACGUGGUGCCUGACAGUUGGACCAAGCGGGCGUAUCCCUCCAUGUCCGGCCUGGCCCUGUGGUUCACUGACCUGCUAGCCAGGAUCAAAGAGCUGGAAGCCUGGUCAGCUGACUUCGUCUUGCCCUCUGCAGUGUGGUUAGCUGGCUUCUUCAACCCUCAGUCCUUCCUCACAGCCAUCAUGCAGGCUAUGGCUCGAAGGAACGAGUGGCCUCUGGACAGCAUGGGUCUGCAGUGUGACGUUACCAAGAAGAAUCGGGAGGACUUCAGCUCCCCGCCUCGCGAAGGGGCGUACGUACACGGGCUGUACAUGGAGGGUGCACGCUGGGACACACAGACUGGCAUGAUUGUAGAUGCCCGUCUGAAAGAGCUCACCCCGGCCAUGCCAGUCAUCUUCAUCAGGGCCAUCCCGGUGGACAAACAGGAGAGCAGGAACGUCUACCAGUGUCCUGUCUACAAGACCCGUCAGAGGGGACCUACGUAUGUGUGGACCUUCAACCUGAAGACCAAAGAAAACCCCUCCAAGUGGACCUUAGCUGGAGUGGCCUUGCUUCUGCAGAUCUAG